AUGUCAGAGAGCCCAGCCAUCCUGGUCCUUCAUCAGUCCCUGCAAAAGUGCUUCCGGGCCAUACAGCAGCAGCAAGAGGCUUGGCAGAUGGCGCUGACGGACUGUAAGCCUCUCCUGAGCUCCCUCGGCAAUCUGGCAGAGCAGAUGCAGGCCUGCCAGAAGGUCAUAUUUGCACAUACACCGCUGCGAGGCUUCCCGGAUCUGGAAGAGCAGUUAAAGUAUAAGCAACGCUGUGCAGCAGAGACUCUGCUGGAAGAGCUGGUGGGCAAAGUAGCUGACUUGCAGAAAGUGCGGGAUGUAGUUAGUGGCUACGUGGGCACUGUUUUCCAACUCUAUGAGCAGCAUGCGGAUGUGCUAGGUUUUGAAGCUUCUGUGCAGCGUACUGCUCUUAUCCCCUCGCUGGCAGACAUGUUGGAAUGGCUGCACAAUAUUGAGAGAUAUUACCGACAUGUAUACCUGGAGAGUAAAUUCCUCCUUCUCCAAAUCAGAUAUGAGAACUUGCCAGACAUGCAAACCCUGCCGCAGUCCUGGGAGAGGAUUUUGGAGAACAACCGAAACAUGGUUCAAGACACUCUUCUGAAGGUCUCCUUUCUGGAGACUCUGUGAAGAGCUCUAUUACUAACCAGCUUUCAGAGAGAAAACACCAGAGGAUUUGUGUGGAAUGAUUAGUUUUGGGUGCCCGGGAUAAUACCUUGUUCAGGAUA